CUACCUCUACUCUUGAAAUAGACAAGUAUUUCACUUUAAAGAACGAAUGGUCUUUGCCAGAAUAUCUAUUAUACCGCCAAAAAUGUGCUGAUUUCCAGUUAGACAAGCAUAGAGAACACUCCCUGUACACUCGAGGCCUCUCAACUAUACUGAAUAUGAAAGAGGCAAGCGAGGCUACAAUAAAAAAGGCUGGAAAUGCGCUUGUUACUUUUCAAACCGAAAAGAAAUCACAGCUGGUUAAAGAAUUCUGGAAAAGUAUUACUUCGUCACAAAAACGGAAAUUUACUGCAGUAGCUGAACGCAUGGCUCUGAUGGAAGAACAUAUCACCGACGUUGUUUCCUCGACAUUCGAAGAACGGAUAUUACGCGAUGAGAUUACAAAACAAGGGCUAAUUGUGCGAAGUAAAUUUGCGAAAUGUUUGGGAGAUACGGAUCUUGAAGAUUGUUCGAGCAAACGUCGAUGUCUCCAAGUAGAUUAUGAACUACCACAUACUCCCGAACACCAAAUGCAUCAUCCAUCGAUCUUGUCCUCAAGUGAAAAGACAACUAAACCACCAAAAAGGAAGUCAACAAGAAAAAGG